GGAUUGAAAUAUGGGAAUUAGGGUUUUACAGGAUUAAAGAAGAGGAGAAGGAAAGAGAAUAGAAGACCGUUUGAUUUUUGACGGAAUGGGAGAGAGAUUGAGGAUAUAUGUAGGGGGACUGGGAUCGAGUGUGCAGGAAGAUGAUCUGAGGAAGACUUUCACCUCGCCGCUGUUGGGCGCCGUGGAAUCCGUAGAAAUUAUUCGUAGCAAAGGUCGGAGCUUUGCGUACUUGGUUUUCGUACCCGCUUCAGAUAAAGGCCUCGCCAAGCUUUUCAGUACGUAUAAUGGUUGCAUGUGGAAAGGGGGAAGACUUAAACUCGAAAAGGCCAAAGAACAUUAUCUGCUUCGCUUAAGACGUGAAUGGGCAGAAGAUGCAGAGCUUGAGACCAAAUUGUCCAGCAAUGUUGAAGUUGAUGAAAGUGUGCAUACAUUGCAGAAACCCCUGAAAGACCAAGAUAUUGCAAAAAUGCAACUCAAUAUAUUCUUUCCCAAAUUACGGAAGAUUAAACCUAUUCCGCUUAGAGGGUCAGGCAAGCACAAGUACAGUUUCCAACGUGUUGAAGUUCCUCCUCUUCCCAUCCACUUCUGUGAUUGUGAGGAGCAUUCUGGAACUCCUGAGUCAGCCCAGAGAAAUUGUACCGAUGCCCAUGAGACAGAGACUUAUAGGGCGAAUGAAACAGAGACUUAUGGGGUGAAUGAGGAUGAGCUUAAUAUGAUGAAAUCAAUACUAGACAAGCUCUUGGAGAAGGAGAACUGCUCAAAGACAGUUCCCAAUGAGGAUGAAUUUAUUGGGGAAGUAAACCGUAAUGUCGCUUAUGCUGAUGAAUUCCAAGUUGAUGACAAUGAUAAAGAUCAAGUGAGUGAUGAAGAUAACCUUGUAAUUAACAUAGUGGGCCAGCCACGUAAGAGAUUUGCAUUAUCUGGGGAUUGGGGACAGAAGACAAUUGCUGCAAAUCAGGAUUCUUUGGCAAGAGAAUCAGAGUCUUUAAGCAGUUCUAUUCAUAAAAAGCAUGGAAGUGAGAAAGGCAAGCUUCUUUCUGACAAGAAGAGGAAGCAAUCGGUCCAUGGAAGUUGCUCAACCGAUUCUGUACCUUCUAAAAGAAAGGCAACUAAAAGAGCUCCACAUGACAGCACAGAUGAUCAGUUUGCUUUAAACAUUCAACCAACAGACACAGAGUCAGGUUCCAUACCAUCAGGUUGUGAUGUGGCAAGCUCGGGUAAGACAGCAUGGAAAGAUCUGGUCAGUGAAAAGGAGAGUACUGCUUUCCAUAUAUCCGAUAUUUUUCCAGGGCCCAGUCCAGAAGUUGAAGCCAAACCUAGAUCUGAUCUUCUUACUGCCUCACCCUCACCCCACUUCGAUGAGAAGGAUGGCCAGGAAGACCAAUCAAGUGAAGAUAAUGAAUUGGAAAAACUUUCUGAUGUUCAAUCUACUAACCCAUGUGAAAUUGAAGAUAAAUCAGGCAGAGGGGCUUCAUGGCGGCACAAGUCAUCAUGGUUACAACUGGUUGGGGAUACAAACAACAGGGAAUUCAACCUCGCACAAAUUAUGCCUGGUGUAACUUCUGGAAAACAGGAGUUGCAGCAAUUCAAUGGCAUUGAUUCUUCAAGUUGGAGAAAUGUGAAGCAGCUAACAUCUGUCGGCAAGGAUCAAAACUCUCCCAUUGAUGACAUUGGUAAACCUCAACAAAGAGCUAGUGAAGAUAUUCAUGUUACUCCAAGAAAUGUGGAUACUUUAGCCAAGGAGCAGAAGCAUGCUGGUCCAGAUGGAGAACCACCUAAUUCUGAUUCGAAGCAAAUAGUCAAAGAGAAUGAUGAGGUCUCUGCUCCAGAGAAUGAGACUUACCUGAUUCCAAAUAAUAGAGCUCUGGGAGACAGUAUUAUAAGUGAAACUUGCCCCUUCAUGAGGAGUGCUGCUUCAAUGAAAGAGUGGGCGAAAAAUAAAGCAGCUUUGAGUAGCUCCUAUAAGAAAAAAGGGAAGGGAAAAGAAUCGGUUAAGAAUUAAUGAGACGUUGGGGAAGGAAAGAGAUUCACUCAAGGAAAGGCCAUGGUCUAGGAAAAUCUGGUCAGUGCUUCGUAAAGUUGAUAACUGAGAGACUUGAAUCUAGAUGAUCAACUUCAUCAGCUAUUUUUCAACAGUUGGCAGUCAAUAGAUUUAAAACAUUCCUAGGGAAACACUGGCGGAUCCUGUCGUGUUUACAGCCGUCAAGUGGUAAAGUAUUCACUAAUUUGUAUGAAAAUCACUAUGCCACUUGUAUCAUAUCAAAGCCACAUCAAGGAAUUAAAUAUAGUGAUUGUGGAUUUUUUAGUCUUCCAUCAGGGAAAAUCGGUGUCUCAGUGCUGCUAUUUUUGAGGUGCCACAGCAGUUUAAUGGUCUAGAAUUCAACUCGUUGCAUUGAUUAAACCUUUUCAUACAUGAUAUCUUUUAUAGUGUUUUA